AUGUCGAAACGGACAGCUGAGGAAGCGGCUCAUCGGCGCCACAUAUUGCACAUACUGCAGAGCAUGAAUCUUCCUAUGGUGCAGUAUGCGUUUGCAUAUGGCUCUGGUGUAUUUAGUCAAGCACCAGUGUCCCAAAAGGUUGGUAAUACGCCGCCAAUGAUUGAUAUGGUGAUUGCGGUGAAAGAUCCUAUUCACUGGCAUGCCGCGAAUAUGCUAAGGAACAAGUCACAUUAUCCCUGGUGGACAAGGUGGUGUGGACUUUGGGCCAUAAAAGCAGCGCAGAGAAUGGGAGCUGGGCUUUGGUAUGUGCCGUACGUCAAUGUGCAGGACGAGAUUGUCAAAUAUGGCAUUGUCUCUGUGGAAGAUAUGUGCAAAGACUUGCUCUAUUGGAACACGCUGUACGUCGGUGGUCGUAUGCACAAGCCUAUUGCAUGCUUGUUUGAUGCGACCAACGAUCGUGUCCCCAACGCACAACAAGCGAAUUUGACGUCGGCACUGAGGGUCGCGUUGCUGAUGCUCCCAACCUCAUUCACAGAAAUGGAUUUGUAUCGUAUGCUUGCUUCUCUUAGCUAUAUGGGUGACUUUCGGAUGAAAGUGCCUGGUGGUGAGAACCAGAACAAGGUCAACAACAUUGUCCAGCACCAGCUUCCAUGGUUCCGAAUCAUGUAUUCUUCGUUGCUAUCGCGAUUGCACUUCGUGCAUGUGGUGCGUGGUGAUGACGUAUGUUUCAGUAUGAGGCAAGAUAAGCGCCCAGCUACCAUGGCACUUGUCGCGAUCCUCUUGCCACAGAAUGUGCGUUUGCGGUUGAUACAGCACUAUCAGCGCGAGUAUCAUUUACACCCGGUUUUCGAAAAGUGCAAAAACAUGUCUCCUGAGGAACUGAUUCCUGCUGCUUUAGCAAAUAUCCGGAAACUCCGUGAUGAGCCAGACAUCAUUGCUAAGCUGCAAACGGACGAUGACUGUGAGGAGGCGGCAGAAUGGCCAAUUUCCACCCGUUUCUGGCUAGCCGUAGCUCAUCAGUCAACGUUCCAAGAUGUAUUGCGCCAACAAAUCGUGGACAUUGUAGCUAAUCCAGCCCGUGUUCAGUCGCUAAAGGGUUUGUAUACCGCUGGCAUUGGUCGUUCAGUGCGAUAUUUGUGGUCCAAGAUGCGGAAAUAUCAAAAAGGUCGAACUUUCACAUCGAUCAACUCAAAAUAG